UAUUUAGUCAUCCCAAAAAUGUAGAAGAAGCUAUUGAUGCAGCUAAACAAGUUGAAAGUGGUCAAUAUUAUGAACAACAAUCUCCUAUACUAACUCAACCAAGUGGAAACAAUAAUGCUAUUGAUAAUCUUACUAAACAAAUGGAACAGUUAUCCUUAAACUAUGCAACUCUCCCCAAUACGUUAUCCACUCAACUUGAAGAAAAACCUGAGAGAAGAAAGCCAAAAGAUGAUAGAAAUCCUACAAAAGUUUGGGAAACAAAGGCUUGA